GAUUUUAUCAAAUCAAGACAUGAAAAUAGCGAAAAGCAUGAAAAGUGCCAGGGGAAGGAGGACAGGGGGAAGAGGAGAGGGAGGAGGAAGCAGAGGAGGAGAAGGAGGGUGCAGGAGAGGGAAGGAGGGGAAAAGAAGAGAAGACAAAAGAUUCAUAAAACUAAAGCAGUUGUGGACGACAGCAAAAGUUCUCGUAAAGUUCACCCCUUACAAGCUGAAGGAAUGGGCAGCCUCCCAGUGGUCCUGCUCCUCUGCAGUUUCCAGGCACUCACGGUUAUAGCCCAAACUCAGCCAACUGAAGCACCUGGGAAUGCCAUACCAACCGAAUGUAGGGAGGAGACGUAUCCUUGCACCAGGAUGUACUCAGUUCACAAGCCCAUCAAGAGAUGUAUUGGUAGUCUUUGUCUCUACAGCCUCCCUCGUGUUUAUGUGAUCAACAAAGAGAUCUGCGUGAGGACAGUGUGCCGUGAGGAUGAGUAUCUGAAAGCUGAAUUAUGCAGAGAGUUGUCUGGGUGGCCCAGACGUAUCCAGAGGUCAUCCAAUAGCAAACGUUGUCGCAAUCGUCGUGGCAACCCCCAAACCUGGGCAAACAAAGCCUGAUCUUGCCUAGAAUGGGCCCGUGACCACCGGGUGACGAUGGUGCGACCCAUGGGCGUCGUCAUCGAAAACAGCCAAUAAAAACACCAUAAAUCCGCUGCGCCACACCUGAGGGUCUCUUUCCUUUUCUUUCACGCGAGCACACACACACACACGUGUGCUGAGUCAUAUCUACAUAUGUUUAUGUAUUCGUCCUUUUACUGUGUGAGUAUUUCAUUUCGUCCGUGUGUAUUGGACACAGGUCAUGUCUUCCAUGGUUUACGAUCCAUUUGAGGUACUGCAGUAAUGGGCCUAUAGGAGCACUGAGUCACUUAAUCGUAUAAGAAACAAAGUAAAACAAAGACCCACUCUGUUGUGGAUUGUAAGGUACACACUGACAGUUCAGUAUUAUGUGCACUAUUGUAACCAAUAAAAUAUAAUGGAAGUUG